AUGGCUGACGAUAAACUUGACAUCAAGGUGACCUACUCCAGGUAUCAUGACAUCGCACCUGGAAACAUUGACGCUCUUCAUGCCCAUUCAGACAAUGAAUUGUUGGCAGAAAUCGGUUACAAAGCCGAAUUAAAAAGACGUUUUUCAACUCUUCAGGUUUUCGGUGUGGCUUUCUCUAUAAUGGGACUUCUUCCUUCGAUUGCGUCCGUUUUGGCAACUGCUCUCUCUGCUGGUGCUACUUCUCUCACGUGGGGUUGGUUCCUGGCCUCCUUCGGUGUACUGCUGAUCGGAAUAUCGAUGGCUGAACUAGGCUCCGCAAUUCCAACGUCAGGUGGUCUCUACUACUGGUCUCAUUUCUAUGCGCCGGAAAAGUGGAAGAUUCCUAUCUCUUAUAUCGUUGGUAACACAAACUCGGUUGCUCUUGUGGGUGCUCUCUGUUCUGUGGACUAUGGGUUUGCAGGUGAAGUUCUUGCUGCGGUGGUCCUUCAGAAGGAUGGUGAUUUCGUCAUUACCAGCGGCAAAACUUAUGGUGUGUAUGCAGCGUGUGUGGUUUCCCAUAUCGCCGUGACGUGUUUCGCCUCCAACUUCGUCUCCAGGUUACAGACAUUCUCGAUCUGCUGCAACCUUGGUCUAAUUGUGUUAUUCUUCAUUGCUGUCCCAAUCGGCUGUGCCAAAAAUGGUGUUCCAUUCAAUGAUGGAAAAUUCAUUUUCGGCAAUAACGAGAAUUUCUCUCCCGAUUGGAAUAAGGGCUGGAACUGGAUGUUGUGUGGUAUCAUGCCUUCUGUGUGGACAAUUGGAGCAUUCGACUCGUGUGUGCAUAUGUCUGAAGAGGCCAGAAAUGCCACCAGGUCUGUUCCUAUCGGAAUUAUUGGCUCCAUUACGGCGUGCUACUCCCUUGGAUUUUUUAUCUGUAUCGUCCUUGCAGCCUGUAUGGGACCGGAUGUUUCUGCCAUUAUCCACUCCGAGUUUGGAUCUCCAAUUGCCCAGAUCAUCUACAAUGCCCUGGGAAAGAACUGGGCUAUUGCUUUUAUGUCCCUCAUUGCUUUUUGUCAGUGGUUGAUGGGUGCCUCCAUUUUGACGGCUAUCUCCAGACAGAUCUGGGCAUUUGCCAGAGACAACGGAUUGCCUUUCUGCUCCUUCGUGAAGGUCGUGAACAAAAAACUAUCCACUCCUAUUAGGGCCGUUUUCUACGGUGGAAUUCUGGCCUUGAUUAUGGGCUGUUUGUGUUUGAUCGGAACCACUGCCGCUAACGCUCUUUUCUCGUUGUACAUUGCAGGUAACUACUUCUCGUGGGGUACCCCAAUUUUCCUGAGAUUAACUUCCGGGCGCUCCAAGUUCGUUCCAGGCAACUUUUAUCUGGGUGAUAGACUCUCCCCUAUCAUUGGCUGGAGCUCUAUAGUGUUCAUCGUGUUCGUUAUAAUAUUGGUGAUGUUCCCUGCAGACUCUGUCGUCACCAAGGACACUAUGAACUACACUGUCGUGAUCACGCCUGGUGUCAUGAUCUUGGCUUGGAUUUAUUAUUUUGCCUACGGGCGAAAGAUCUUCAAGGGUCCUCGCAGUAACCUUGAAGAGCCAUCCGAGUAUCACGAGGGUGAUCCAAUUGGAGAGGACGAGGAAAUAGCUAUCGUCACGUCGAUGAGAUCCGCCAAAGAUGAAAUUAAAGCCAUCAAAUCGAGGCUUUCGAGUCCAGAGGCCUAG